AUGGUUCGCGUUACCGAAGAGCUGCCGCUGUCGUCAGAUAGUGUCACUCUCUACCACGCUGCUGAUCCUCUACUCGGCCAUCUUCCUCUGUUGCUUUUCCAUGGACCCUCGACCACCGCAAACUAUACCCUCAACAGUUCUCGAGUACAAGUCCACGUUUUUACGCCCGCCGGCUUCCAGAGCUUCCCCCGAAUAACAAUAUCGCCCAAUUCCCCAUUCUACAGCGUCGUCCACCACCUACCCCGCGAGUUUCAGGGAGAUGAGGUCUACCGCGCCCUCGCCUUCGGCCUCUUCAAAUACUUUACAGAACUACCCGAUUGCGUUAAAUUAUAUCUCAAGAACCUAUACCCCACACGAGGUCGACGUCCUGGCAGUGCACCAGCGCUGUUCAGUGAACAACAUGCUGCCGAUAUUGUCAAGGACAUGGUCCAGAGCGAUCACACAGCCGACAUCAUCGAGACUCUGCAAGAUGCUUUGCAGACACAGCACAUCAGCCAUGUCGAUCUCGACUUUGUUCUUCCGCCGGGCGCUAUUGUUCCACUGCAGUCUGUCGACCUCGAAGAUGUACCCGACGACGAAGAUGAUAUCCUAGACCCAACAUUGCGACAAUAUGGAGGAUACACACCUCUGAUAAAAUUAUUUGGAGAACCAGUGUUCCUACCUACUAGCCGUCUACGAAGAGCACCAUCAAAGCCGACUGCGUUGAACCGGAGCAAAUCAUUUCUCAAGGAUCAGAAAAUGGAGUUGCGUAUGAAACUGACAGAACUGGUUGAGACUGAGGAACGAUAUGUGGCCAAAGUGAGGGAGCUGGUGACAAAUGUCGCGGCCGACUUUCGUGAGGGCGCUCAAGCACGAGCGCCUGGCAGCUUGAGCCCUUCUGAAGAAGAGUUGGAGAAACUCUUUCCCAAUUCAGCAGACGGUAUUCUGCAGGUUAACUCAGCCUUUAUGGAGGAAAUGCGGAGGAUUCUCGACGACACUGAAGAGGAAGCUCUACGAGAUAUGGAGACACCCACGAUGAACUUCAUGGGUUCCAAAAUUGGCCGAACAAAAGAUCCAAGCGGUGCCUUGGCCAUCGCCAGGUUAUUCCUGGAAUGGUUCCCUAAGUUUACAGCGUGCUACCAGGAUUACAUUAAAGCUAGCCAGCACUUUCCCACGCUACUCAAUUCCUUCCUCGAUCAACAGUCGAGCUUUAGGCAGAGAGUGGCUCAGGCUGGCGAACAGACGAUCCGCUCCAUCCUUAUUGAGCCAGUGCAAAGGCUUCCCCGCUACAGUUUACUUAUUGACCAAAUAGUGGGAUGCAUCCCGAUGACACAUCCAGCUCUGCAGCCCAUGCUCAAAGCCCGAGAUAUCAUCACCAAUAUUUGCUCAAUGGACGAGCCCUUGCCUGACAAGCCACAUGUCACCAACCGACUUCGAAAUAUGGUUGAAGCUUGGCCAUUGAACUUGGAACCACAAGGUCGUCUCAUUGCAACAGCCGACUUCACCGAAUUGGCACCUCCUUUCCAACCUUUGCUCAAUCAGUCAGAUAGAUCCGGAAUUUUCCUCCUCUUCUCAGACUGUGUUGUUAUUCUCAAGAAGAUGAGUGGAAACAUGACAGGCCGAGACCUCCUCCGUGAGAUUGAGAAACCCUCUGCAGCUGGUUUACUUAUCUCCAUGACCAAUGCCGCCGGUGGUCCAGCCGCAUAUGAAUUUGUCUUCACUGGAUGGCAUGACUUGGCCGAGGUUCGAUUCACCGAGGCAGACGAUGGCACACUCUUCUGGAUGACUUCGACGGAGGAGAUGAGAGGUGCUCAUCCAGGUGAGCACCGAAUUAGUAAAGCGGUCACGUCGCGAUGCUUCCUCCUACAAGAGAUGUACGAAGCAAGAGCCGCCAAAUGGGGAGAGGAUGUGGUAAAGGCGAGAAUUGAAGCUCGAUUUUCGGAAAAGGAGCGAGAGGAUCCUACCUGGACUUUACGGUCAGCGCGCAUGCCAGAUAGCAACCUUGGGCUUCACGCAGCUAUCUUCCAGGAGGGCGCCGAUCAGCUUAUCGAAGGCCGCAAGGAGCCUGCCCCGGUUCGAGUGGUUGUCGAUCAUGAUAUGGGCACUAAAGGAGCACCCGUAGGUCAUUACGGGGUUGAGAUUGUUGUCAACGUGACGACCAAUGACAUGAAGCGGGUAUCAAUGCUCACAGUUGGCUUAAAUGGGAGGCAAUUCCAAGAUGACGUUGCCCUGGAAGAUUUCCUUCCUACAAUGUCACGGCGAGUGAUCCAACUACUGAGCACGCAGCACAGUGUUUCCAAUAUGCAAUUGACGGCACCUCUCGUCUCAUAUUACUCAAAGACGCUUCAUGGCCUUCUACUUAACACCAGAGCGGAGAAGACUAGGUCUUUCCUCGCUUCAUCUCCUGUAAAACUCCUCUCCAGUUUCUGGGGCGGCAGCUCGGUCCAUCUCUCAGACACGGCGAGUGUGAGCUCAAAACACAAGCAGGUGCCUUCGAUACACCGAAACAACAGCCAGGCAUCUGUUGUCAGCUCAAUAAAGGGGGGCAAGGAUGGUAUUUCUCAAGAGGAAACCCGUACCGACAACCCGUUAGUACGACUAGAGCAAACGUUCACUAGUUAUGUCGCCGCUCUACAGAACCGCAAGGGUCUCAUUAUUGGUCGUACUUUGUUACAACGCUCAGUGGUUGAUGAACUGACGGUCAAUGAACUUUACAACAGGCUUAUCGAGAUCCCAUAUGAUUUUGAUGCCACCGCUGACCUAGGCACAGAGGUCAUUUUUGUUGCUUUUGAAAAAUUUCUUCGAAUCGCAUGGGCCGACCAGAUAAGCCCAGUCAUGUCAAUGAAAUCUCUGGAUACUCUGCAAGCACGCGUUAACAAGAGAGUGCCUGGCGACUUUGCAGAUUUUGUUAACUUUUUGUUCGGCGACAUGGCUCCACAGAAUCGCCGCGCGUUCACUGCUCUCAUCAAGCUCUUGGCCGAUCUGCUGGAUGGAUGCGGCAAUGAUGGUGACAGAGGAGCAUUGACACUUGCUUUUGCAGAGUUGCUCGUAUACGACGGAACAGCCGCAAAUUAUAUCAAUCUACUCGAUCGUCUUGUGGAAGACUGCGAUCGCAUCUUUGAAGAGCCCAGCUUGAACCACAGCUUUGGACUGGACAGCUCAACUUAUGAGUCAAUUAACUCAGCUAUCCGCGGUAAAGGAUACACCCCUUCGUUAGCAUCAAACACGUCAUCACUGCGUCGCAAGUUUGGUUUCGAUACCCUAUUGCGACAGAACAGCAAAGACGACCGAUCAUCAGUAUGGCGACAACUCAGUAAGCACAGAAACCCCACAGCAAGCGAAGCAUUCAGCUUAUCAAAAACGUCAUUAGGCCGUUCAAGGUCCAUCGAUGACAACACAAUACCCAAAAAGCUGGCAAGGAGACCAGGUUCCAGGGAUCGUCCACCCAUAGCAGGGGCGUUUGACGAAGCACAGAGACCAGGAAGCUCCCAUCGAUUAUUGGAAACAAUAGGGGAGCCAGAGACAGAGCGUCCACCACCGCGGUCGCCCAAGAAGAAGCGUCGCAGCUCCCUGUCUGAUCUAAAGAACUAUAUGGAAGCGGUAACUCUCGACGAUGACGAAUCACCGCAGCCACUUCAAGACGCAAAGGAAACAUCAGAAAAGCUCAACGCAAGCCCCAAGACAGCGACGUCUAGGAUACCAGUUAGUCCCGGUGUAGCCCAGACGAUGCGAGUAUCAAGGCAGAAAGAAAAUGUCUUGGAUAUGCUUCAGCCUAGUCUGCUUGAACCAAGUCCCUUGGAGCCUUCUGAUGAGACAGUUCAUCGACCUGCACCACUCAAGACCCACAGGCAUUCCAAGACACUAUCUUCAAGUAACAUACCGACGUUGCGCCCAUACCGCUCUGCACCUCCAGGAGCCGAAUCACCUCCUCGUCCAAACUCAAGCCCGUCUAGGCGUGGAACUCAGAGACUCCGCUUACAAUCUCCGCAAAAGCUUCGAGAACGACUGAAUACGGAGAAGCAGGCUGUUGACGACGUGGAUGCUUCUCUCAGAUCCGAGCUGUUCAAAAUUGGCGAGGAAAUGGCACGCCUCAGUGAUGCCCAGUCUCCAGGAUCACAGUCGGUUGAUAUGCGACAAGUGACGGCUGCAGUCCGGCAGUUGGAGGACCGAGUUCCUGCUGCCAUCCAGGAGAUACAAGAAAAGCACACAGCGAUCCAGCACGACAUGGAAACUACGGUCAAAGCAGCUGAAGCCAAGGUCCGGGCUAUUGAUCAAUUAUACAAAGAGGCAGUGGCAGAGAACGAAUUACUGUAUGAGAAAUUCAACGGGGAGCUUGGCAAAAUUGUCAAGGCUCUCAAGGGCAAGGGCAAAGAAGAAAAGGAAGAACUGAUGGUUCGGCUGCGUGAUCAAAGCGACGAGACAGCACGGAUGAAGAAGGAGAACGCGCGACUCAAGCGCGAGAUGGUUAGUCUGCGUGCGGCAUUGAAGGGGACGACAGAGUAG